UCACAGAUUGGUUAUUUUCCCUGAAUAAAGAAAAAAGACCGAGUCCAGUGAUACUCUGAUCAUUCUUCAAGUUAAUGGUAUCCCGUAAAAAUAGCUAGCAGUAUUAUCAGAAUUACAAUAACAAUAAACCAUAUCGGUUUGGCACCUAAUUAUAGUAUUCAACAACGUUCAGAUUCAACUUCUCCUGAAUCCAAGGGAUGGAAAAUUGAUUAUAUAGAAUGAGAACCACCAUUUGGUGAGCCUAAAAGAUUUUCAAAGAUUACUCAGGAUCAGCCAGAAAAUUACCAGGACAAACUGAAUCCUAGAAUCAACUGACCACAAAUAUAAGAGAAAAAUUUUACUCUCUAAACCAGAAAUCACAUGCUUAGUUAAGGAACAAAAAGUGUCAAAGAAAUCCAGAGGGGUAAUUCUAGAAGCAGUGAUCUAUCAAUGGCAUCAUUGCAAAGAUCCUCUGUUUCCUUCAGGAGACAGGGUUCAUCCGGGCGCAUAUGGAAUGAUCUACAUAUUCUUGAUCCUAAAACGGGCAUCGCAGUUCCUACUGCAACUUGUGUUAAACAGGGUGAUAAUAAGCAUCUUCCAAACAUUGAUACUAAUGGAGAGGGGAAUCUGCACCAGAAUAAUCACAUUGAUUCUUACAGUCCUGGAACACCAAUACCUCCAUCUCCUUCAGAAAAUGAGGCUGUUUCUGAUAAAAAGGUUCAAGGUUGUGGUUUUUCUGCACUUUUUGGACGAUGUAGUAGAGGGUAGGAUUCUUCAAUGUUAUUCUUUUUGGUCAUGUAAAAUUCUCCUGGAUAUACUUUUCUUUUACAUUCUUUUGCUACAUAAAAGUUUGAAUUGGGAUUACAGAAAUAAUGCUGUUAUAACUUUCCUGAGGAUCAUGAAUAUUACUAGUCAUG